CUGUACAUCACCGUUAGAAAAAACGAAGGCUGUGUGACCCAGAAUGGCUUUCUUCUAAGACUCCCCACAAAAUUCCAAGCGCCGAAAAUGGGAAACCGUGUCUGAAACGGAGAGCGCCGACUUGAUUUUCCAAUCCUUCGCACGAGAUUAUCUUCAAUGGUUGCUCAACCUUUGAGAGACGAGACCCCAUUUGAAUCCGCGGAAUUGAGGGGCCUACCUGCAACUCAAAUAUCAAAUGGCCCAUAAGGAUACUGCCCACUCCAAGUAAUCGAGUGCUCUCUCCCCUGUUAAAGCCAUGCUCAUGGCUGUGUAGGACUGUACGUUGACCCGUUUCAGAUCCUGCAUUUCUUUGAUAAACCAAGAAUCUUAUCUUUGUCUACUAGAACAAUCAUAAAAGCAUUUCAAAGGAAGAGAAUUCCCAGUAUUGAGUCACUUUCUGACUGCAAUGGCAGCAAUACGCAAUGCCUUCCUGCUUUCGUUCUUCUUCUCUCUUUGGCUAUCCGUCUUCUCGCAGUUACCAAAACCGAAUGCAGAUGUACAGGCGCUCGUCGAGUUCAAGAAAUCAAUCCUCGACGACCCAAUGGGCUAUCUCUCAGACUGGGUGGACUCCAAUCACCACUGCAAUUGGUCUGGCAUUUCCUGCGACGCUUCUGACCAGUCUGUGAUCUCCAUUUCCCUGCCCGGAAGAAAGCUCAGGGGAACCAUCUCGCCAUUCGUAGGGAACAUCUCCAACCUCCAAACUCUGUAUUUAAGUUCGAACUCUUUCAUGGGAACCAUUCCCUUGGAGUUGGGGUCCAAUUCUCAGCUCAUCAGCAUCUCCCUCUAUUACAACAACCUGACUGGUGCCAUCCCUUCUGAGCUGGGUCUCCUUCAAAACCUUCAGUUGCUUGAUCUAAGCAGUAACAGCCUCACAGGUACGAUACCACACGAAUUAGGCCUUCUGCAACAGCUUAACACUCUUCUCUUGGCCAACAAUUUCUUGCAUGGGAGCAUUCCUCUAAGCAUCUACAAUUGCUCGGCCGUAGCUUAUCUUAGUUUUGCAAGAAACAAUCUAACUGGCUUGAUCUCUUGGAACGUUGGAAACUUGAGCAACCUUCAAUUUUUUGCUGCUUACGAAAACAACUUUCAGGGUCCGCUUCCUGCUUCUCUUGGUAGAUUAACAGAAUUACAAACUCUGGACUUGAGCAAUAACCAGUUAAGUGGGAUACUACCAUCUGAAAUUGGAAAUCUCAGAAGCUUGACAGUGCUUCAGCUUCUCGGAAACAAAUUUGUUGGAAGAAUUCCAGCCGAGUUGGGGAACUGUAAGAACUUGACCCUUCUGAACCUUUACGGCAAUGAGUUCCAGGGAAGCAUACCAAUUGAGCUGGGGCGUCUGACUAAUUUGAUGGCACUGAGACUAUAUGAGAACAAUCUCUCGGGGGUGAUUCCACCAUCGCUUUCAUUCUGUAAGUCUUUAAUAAGUUUGGAUCUUUCCGAGAAUCGUAUCACUGGUUCAAUCCCCCAAGAACUGGGAUCGUUGCUGUCGCUCCAACACUUGGCAUUGCAUGAAAACAGUUUAACUGGAACAAUCCCUUCAACGAUUGCCAAUUUAAGGAGCCUCAACUUCCUAGCCCUGAGCUUUAAUUUUUUGAAAGGUGAACUGAUGCCAAACAUUGGCCAGCUCUACAACUUACAGGUUCUUAAUUUGGCAGGCAAUCAGCUUCAGGGCCCGAUCCCUUCCAGUAUUACAAACUGCUCCAAGCUAGAAAAUGUAGGAUUGACAUUCAAUAACUUCUCAGGGCAGAUCCCUGUUGGUUUUGGUAAUAUGAAGAAUCUAAGUUUCCUGUCUAUUGGGGGUCAAGGAAUGACCGGAAAGAUUCCAGAGGAUCUCUAUAAUUGCACUGGACUUAGGAGUCUGGACCUGGCAAAAAAUGAGUUGAGCGGGUCACUGAGCUCAGGAGUUGGAAAGCUAAUCAAUCUUGAACGCUUCCAUUUGUCUUAUAACCACUUGACUGGGAUGAUUCCAUGGCAGAUUGGGAACAUGAGCAAGGUGCUUUCUGUUAAACUUGGUAAGAAUAAACUGAGUGGUCCUGUUCCUGGGCAGGUUGGCCUCCUUUCUAGCCUUCAGUUGAUUGACUUGUCUAACAAUGGUCUCGAGGGCACUAUCCCUGAAGAAAUCUUUAAGCUGAAACGUCUCACGUUUCUAGGAAUCGGUUUUAACAAGUUUUCUGGUCGCAUUCCUGAAUCCAUCUCCAAACUUCAGUGGCUAACAUCACUAAAUCUCAGUGGCAAUAUGCUUAAUGGUUCUCUUCCUUCAGGCUUGGAAUCGCUCUCUAGGCUUAUGUACUUGGAUGUGUCCCAUAAUCAGCUCACUGGAAACAUUCCUGCUUCCUCAAUAUCAGCUAUGAAGUCUAUGCAGGUAUCUCUGAAUCUAUCCUACAAUCUUUUCUCGGGUCCAAUCCCAGUUGAAUUCGGGGAGCUCUCAAUGCUGCAGUCCAUUGACAUAUCAAACAAUGACCUCUCUGGCAGUAUUCCAUCAACCAUGGAAGGUUGCAAGAACCUGGUGUCACUUGAUUUGUCCAAAAACAUGCUAAGAGGUCCAAUUCCAAGCAACAUUUUCUUUGCAGGAAGUUCACUCAAACAUUUAAAUUUUUCAAGCAAUAGGUUGGAAGGCGAAAUCCCUGAGCAGAUAGGAAACCUGAAGCAGCUAACAACUCUUGACCUUUCUGUCAACAAUCUCAAUGGAAGUAUUCCUUCUGGUUUAGGCAAUUUAACCAGACUUGUGCAUCUAAAUCUUUCUUUCAAUCACCUUGAAGGAAAUGUUCCGCAAGUAGGGAUACUUCAAAGAUUAAACUUGUCUGAGUUAGCAGGAAACCCUGGACUUUGUGGAGCAAAAGUACUGAAGCCCUGCAGCCAGAAAAACUCCCACAAGGUCAUCAGCAGAACCCAUCUCAUCAUCGUAGUGUUUUCUUCCAUCCUCUUUCUUGUAAGCAUCUUCUGUGCAGCUCUAGUUGCUGCAAGAUGGAGGAAGAGAAACACUGCUGGGGAUCAUCCACAGGUGUCCUUCUCAUUGCCAGAGACCAUUAAAAGGUACACCGGAGUUGAGUUAGAGGCGGCUACUGAAAACUUUGAUCCUAAUAACAUGAUUGGCAGUGGCAGUUUCAGCACAGUUUAUAAAGGACGGCUUCAGGAUGGCCAGGUGGUAGCCAUCAAAAGGUUGAAGGAGCAAUUCAAUUAUGUGCCAGAGAAAAGUUUCAUGAGAGAAUUGGACAUUCUGUGUCGACUGAGACACAGGAAUCUGGUGAAGAUACUGGGGUAUGCGUGGGAAAUUGGAAAGAUGAAAGCUCUGGUUUUAGAGUUCAUGGAGAACGGAAGCUUAGAAGAUGUCAUACAUGGUUCAGCAAUGACCGAUAAUGGAGGUUGGGAUUUAUCAAAGAGAUUGGAUGUUGUCAUUGAUAUAGCUAAUGGACUGGCAUAUUUGCACAACGGUCAUGACUUCCCUAUCAUCCAUUGUGAUAUAAAACCUUCGAACAUUUUGCUGGACAGAGACUGGGUUGCACAUGUCAGUGAUUUUGGGACUUCUAGAAUUUUAGGAGUUCAUCGUCAAGAUGGGAGCAACCCGUCUUCUUCAUCUGCAUUUCAGGGCACUAUUGGCUACAUGGCACCAGAAUUUGCUUAUACGAGAAGGGUGGCAACGAAUGCGGAUGUUUUCAGCCUGGGCAUAGUGAUCAUGGAGAUCCUGACCGGGAAGCGGCCUACAGCGACGAUGAACUCAGGGAACCAAGAAACUUCCACUCUAAAAGACUGGGUCGACGGUGCUCUCUCCGGUGGAACAACUGGUGUUUCCGACGUCAUAGACGAGUAUCUUGUGCAUCACGGGUGGUCGAAAUUGGAAAAUAGAAAGGUCACCAUGCUCCUACAGUUGGCCUCGUCUUGUUGCUCCCAGAUUCCAGACCAACGGCCGGACAUUAAUGCAGUUGUUUCAUCGUUGUUGAAAUGCAGAGGGGCAGUCGCCACGCCAAAAGUUUGAGGAGGUAGUUUGAGGAGGUAUAUUAAAAACAUGUAAAAGUAGUGGAAAGUAGGUACUCAUAUGUAAAUAAAUAAAUAAAUAAAUAAAUAUCUUCCCUUUAAGCGUUCCAUGUAGGGAUGGGUUGACUGCAGUA